CUGACACCAUGAGGAGGUAUUUGGGGAUAACGAGGAUUUCUUUGCCGUGGUCGAGGAGGGUCACCACGCAGAAUGAGUCCAGUCCACUUCUACCAAAGGCAGGCUCUGAAAAAGAGAAUGGUGAGGAGCUCAGCCACGUCACUGCUGAAUUUCACCAAGCAGGGCCAAACAGUGGACGGGACAACAACAACCCUGUGUUCUCAAGGGUCCGACCCCACUACAGAUACUCUUUCAUGGACUAUUUCCUAAAAUACUUCCUGUUCCUAUGCAAUCUGAUGUUCACAGUUCUGGGUCUCGUGGUUCUGGGUCUGGGGAUGUGGGGUCUCAUCAGCAAAGAGUCGUUUGCUCAGGAGAGGAUCGGCAGCAUCGGCACCGAUCCGAUGCUGAUACUUGUGGCUAUGGGCUUUGUGCUGACUAUGCUCUGCCUGUCGGGCUGUGUGGGCGCCCUGAGAGAGAACUGCUCCUUACUGAAGCUGUUCUCUGCUGCGGUGCUGGUGCUCAUCAUAGCCCAGGUGCUGGUCGCCAUCUUGGCCUACAGUCUACAAGAUCAGAUCGGAGGCUACUUGCGGUCAGGGAUGCUAGCUGCCAUGGUGCGUUACCAGGAUGAUCUGGAUCUGAGGUUCAUCACGGACGAGAUUCAGUCAAAUCUGCAGUGCUGUGGGGCAGAUGACUACCGUGACUGGGAGAUCAACAUAUAUUACAACUGCUCGGCUCCCGGGGUGCUGGCCUGCGGGGUCCCUGCCACAUGCUGUGUGGACCCUUUGGAGAACGGCACAGUGUGGAACUCUCAGUGUGGUUUAGGAGCCCAGCUGCUGGAUGAGUUUACUGCUCAGAGCGUCAUCUUCCUGGGCGGCUGUCUUGGGGGGAUCUCUCGCUGGAUCGAGCAGCACCAGGGCCUGAUAGGGACAGUUGGAAUUGUUGUACUGGGGGUCCAGAUCCUGACUCUGUUUAUCACGACACGACUGCUAGAAAGCAUCCAGUGGCAUAAGGUUUACAUAUAA